AUGUCGUGUCUCGCCAUGACGGAGGACAUGCUGGUGUUCACGGUCCUUGGUGUGUCCCUGUUGGUCACCUUUGUCGGCUGUGCUGAUUACACGGGUACAGAAUUUGCUGUGAUGUUCGCUGAAAAGGACGAAUCCCAUGACAUUUCUAAUUCAGAAAUACUCUUGACAGUCAGUGGACCUACAAGCACUUUUGUCACAAUUUCAGUACCCGGACAUAACUUUGUGAGCUCACAUACAAUUGGUCAUACUAAACAGUUGAAUGUAACCUUACCUGCACACAUUAAACACUGGAACAGUCUGAUUAUUGAACCUAAUGGCAUUAGAAUCUCUGCCAAUGACGCGGUGGCCGUCAGAUGCAUUAAUAAAUACACUGCUGUAUCUCAAGGAUACCUGGCGAUACCUAAGCACGCUGCAUCUACUAACUACCUAGCUGUAUCCUACGACCCUGCUGGAAGAAAUGCUUCAUAUAUCCUGAUAACAGCCUACAAUAACGCCACCACUGUCAAUGUGAUCUUCAAAGUUCCAAGCCCAGGUAAAUGUGUCAACAUGGAUGUUGAAGUUUCUACAGGCUACUCAUUGACCUUCACCCUCAACAGCCUUGACGUAUGGGGGGUGAGGUGCGACCAGGAUUUGACCGGUACCUCGAUUACAAGUUCCGCACCAGUCACAGUUGUUUCUGGUCUGGCCAGUUUGUUCUCUGUGUUGCCGUUUCUGGAGACGAUGCUUCUACCGGUGGACCUCUAUGGAAGCAAUUAUGUGUUGACCACUCACACAGCAGGCGCAAUGUACAGAGUCGUUGCAGCGUCCAGUGACACAUUGGUAUCACUCGCGAGCAAUAUGAAGAUGCUGCUUGGUGCUGGGGACUUUGUAGACAUACCAAAAAGUAACGCCUUGUCGUGCAUGACGACGAAUAAGCCAGUACAAGUCGUUAUGUUAGGAGUGGCGUCAUUAUUUGGUUCUCAUACGCUUAUUUCAUCCCUGGCUGUUCCUAUGAUGAUGCCAAUACCACAAGUUCAACGUUUCCUGACUUCUUAUCAGCUAUACGUUGAAAGCUCUUCAAACAUGACAACGGAACAUUAUAUUACCUUGGUGGCUCCCAGCGAUCACAUCGACGUCCUUGCAGCUUCGAUACAGUACCUUAUGAUAAUGGUUAACGAAACCAGCCAGUGCUGCAAUAUGUCUCAAGUCAUAGGCACUGUUGUAGAUGGGACAACGGUAAAUGUGUCCAGCAGUGUCCCGUUUAUUAUCAUCUACAAUGGCCUUGAACUUCAAUCUGGAGCACUUCAUGGCUACAUCGGCGGAGCAAGUUUAGGUAAGAGGGUCCCGUGUGUUCUUUGGGGGACUGACACCGUGUGGAGAUUUUAG